AUGAACUUUAGAUUGUUAACUCAUAAAAGUCCACGGUUAUUUCCAUUGAGAAAAUAUGAACAAAUUUUUCGCGCAAACCAUUGCUCCUUUCGACCAUCAUCAACAAUUCGUCAUCGAUUCGGCAAUAAAACAUCCUUCACCCCUCAAUUACUUUAUCAAGAUAAAUCUCGAUCUCUUUUUCAUCGUCCCUAUGCAUUUUCAUAUGCUCGUUCAGAAUCAUCCUAUUCACCUUUAAGGCAUUAUAAACCACCCAUAAGGGUGUUAAAACAAAUGAUUGCAUUUAGCGGGGCGGCAUUAACAUUUUUCUUUUUCAAACCAAUAUUUAUUUUUAUAAUAAAUGGGGCGGUUGCAUUUGGCACUUAUAAAUUACUAAGAAGAUUACUGGAUAACUUAAUUCCAACCAUUGAUAUCAGAAGACAUCAAUUUUCCAGUUUCAUUCCAACAUCAUUGACAAAUACACGAUCAAAUAUCGAUAAAUUAUAUUAUAAAUCCAUAGAUCAAAUUAAAUCGGCUCAUUUAAGUUAUGAUUUUAGAUUUUCGAAUCCACAUUCGAUUACUUCUAAAUCUGUCGUAUUUGGAUCAACAGGACAAAAAGAAACUAUUUUUAGUAUUGAAUAUUUUGGUUUUCAUAAUGAUGUGAAGGCUCUCGUAAAGGUUGAAGGGAUCUCAAAGCGUGAUGAUGAUAUCAUGGUAAAGAAUAUUGAAAUGUAUUUUCCAAAUACUAGAGAAAUCAUUUAUAUUCCUGUAGAUCAGCAAAAGCCUCCGAUUGUUGAAGCAGAAUUUCGUGAUAUUUGA